AUGAAGAGUGUUGUAUCUCUGCUGGUGUUGCUGCACUGCUGUCUGUCUGGGGCCCAGGUCCACAGAGAUAGAGAUGGAGUCAGUGUGAAUGUGAUCCAGCAGGUUGACUAUGAGGACAGAGAGAGCAGAGGGAAUGACAUUCAGACUGACAAACAGAGAGCUGAAGCUGCAGCCUCAACACACAGCCAGCAAACCUGCCAGCCUGACAUCCACACUGUGCUGAGAGAGAUGAGCAACAUGAUGGCGGAGCAGAGAGUUGAGCUGAGUCACACAAAGACUGAACUGGGAGCCAUGGAGGCCCGACUGACAGCCAGUGAGAGCCAGGUGGAGGAACUGAAAGUCCAGCUGAAAUCCAAAGUGGAGGAACUGACCAAGAGGAAUGAAGGUAAAUCAGAAUAAUCUCUUUCAUAGCUGUUGUUAUUACACAAAAGUCUAGGUACAGACCCAAAGUGUAUUUUAUACUAAUUAAGAUUACAUCAUGAGUAAUUUAAAGUGCAUUCGGAAAGUAUUCAGACCCCUUCAUUUUCCCCAUAUCUUGUUACAUUACAGCUUUAUUCUAGAAUGGAUUAAAUAAAAACAUUUCCUAAUCAAUCUACAGUACACACAAUACCCAAUAAUGACGAAGCGAAAAUGGGUUUUUAUACAUUUCUGCAAAUUUAAAUAAAAAAAAGAAAACAGAAAUAGCUUAUUUGCAUAAGUUUUCAGACACUUUGCUAUCAAUCAAAUGUAUUUAUAAAGCCCUUUUUACAUCAGCAGAUGUCACAAAGUGCUAUACAGAAACCCAGUCUAAAACCCCAAACAGCAAGCAAUGCAGAUGUAGAAGGUGGCCAGGAAAAACUCCCUAGAAAGGCAGGAACCUAGGAAGAAACCUAGAGAGGAACCAGGCUCUGAGGGGUGGCCAGUCCUCUUCUGGCUGUGCCGGGUGGAGAUUAUAAGAGUACAUGGCCAUUAAGGCCAGAUUGUUCUUCAAGAUGUUCAAACGUUCAUAGAUGACCAGCAGGGUCAAAUAAUAAUCACAGUGGUUGUAGAGGGUGCAACAGGUCAGUACCUCAGGAGAAAAUGUCAGUUGGCCUUUCAUAGCCGAGCAUUCAGAGUUCGAGACAGCAGGUGCGGUAGAGAGAGAGAGUCGAAAAACAGCAGGUCCGGGACAAGGUACCAUGUACGGUGAACAGGUCAGGGUUCAACAGCCGCAGGCAGAACAGUUGAAACUGGAGCAGCAGCACGACCAGGUGGACUGGGGACAGCCAGGAGUCAUCAGGCCAGGUAAUCCUGUGGCAUGGUCCUAGGGCUCAGGUCCUCCGGGAGGGGAUGGAGAGAGAGAGAAUUAGAGAGAGCAUACUUAAAUUCAAACAGCACACCAGAUAAGACAUGAGAAUUACACCAGAUAUAACAGACUGACCCUAGCCCCCCGGCACAUAGACUACUGCAACAUAGAUACUGGAGUAUGAAAAAUGUAUGCACUCACUAACUGUAAGUCGCUCUGGAUAAGAGCGUCUGCUAAAUGACUAAAAUGUAAAAAAUGAGACGGGUGGGUCGGGGGGCACUGUGGCCCCGUCCGACGAUAUCCCCAGACAGGGCCAACCAGGCAGGAUAUAACCCCACCCACUUUGUCAAAGCACAAACCCCACACUACUAGAGCGAUACCAACAGGCAACCAACUUACUACCAUGAGACAAGGCUGAGUAUAGCCCACAAAGAUGUCCUCCACCGCACGAGCCCGAGGGGGCGACAAACUGGACAGGAAGAUCACGUCUGUGACUCAACCCACUCAAGUGACGCACCCCUCCUAGGGACGGCAUGGAAGAGCACUAGUAAGCCAGUGACUCAGCCCCCGUAAUAGGGUCAGAGGCAGAGAAUCCCAGUGGAGAGAGGGGAGCCGGCCAGGCAGAGACAGCAAGGGUGGUUUGUCGCUCCAGUGCCUUGCCGUUCGCCUUCGCACUCCUGGGACAGACUACACUCAAUCAUAGGACCUACUGAAGUGAUGAGUCUUCAGUAAAUACUUAAAGGUUGUGACCGAGUCUGCGUCUCUCACAUGGAUAUGCAGACCAUUCCAUAAAAAUGGAGCUCUAUAGGAGAAAGCCCUGCCUCCAGCUGUUUGCUUAGAAAUUCUAGGGAGAAUAAGGAGGCCUGCGUCUUGUGACCGUAGCGUACGUGUAGGUAUGUACGGCAGGACCAAAUCAGAGAGACAGGUAGGAGCAAGUCCAUUUAAUGCUUUGUAGGUUAGCAGUAAAGCUUUGAAAUCAGCCCAAGCCUUAACAGGAAGCCAGUGUAGAGAGGCUAGCACUGGAGUAAUAUUAUCAACUUUUUUGGUUCCAGUCAAGAUUCUAGCAGCCGUGUUUAGCACUAACUGAAGUUUAUUUAGUGCUUUAUCCGGGUAGCCGGAAAGUAGAGCAUUGCAGUAGUCUAAUCUAGAAAUGACAAAAGCAUGGAUUAGCUUUUCAGCAUCAUUUUUUGACAAAACGUUUCUGAUUUUUGAAAUGUUACGAAGAUGGAAAAAAGCUGUCCUCUAAAUAUUCUAGAUAUGUUAGUCAAAAGAGAGAUCAGGGUCCAGAGUAACGCCAAGGUCCUUCACAGUUUUAUUUGAAAUGACCAUCAAGAUUUAUUGUCAGAUCUAACAGCAGAUCUCUUUGUUUCUUGGGACCUAAAGUAGCAUCUCUGUUUUGUCCGAGUUAUGUCUGUAACACAGGCUUCCAGGGUAGGCAAUUUCUGGUCUUCACCAUGUUUCAUCGAAAUGUCCAGAUGUGUGUCGUCCGCAUAGCAGUGAAAGUUGACAUUGUGUUUCCGAAUGAUUUCACCAAGAGGUAGAGUAUAUAGUGAAAACAACAGUGGUCCUAAAACGGAACCUUGAGGAACGUCGAAACUUACAAUUGAUUUGUCAGAGGACAAACCAUCCACAAAGACGAACUGAUAUCUUUCCGACAGAUAAGAUCUAAACCAGGCAAGAACUUGUCCGUGUAGACCAAUUGGGGUUUCUAAUCUCUCCAAAAGAAUGCAGUGAUCGAUGGUGUCAAAAGCAGCACUAAGGUCUAGGAGCACGAGGACAUAUGCAGAGCCUUGGUCUGACGCCAUUAAAAGGUCAUUUACUACAUUCACGAGUGCAGUCUCAGUGCUAUGAUGGGGUCUAAAACCAGACUGAAGCAUUUCGUAUACAUUAUUUGUCUUCAGGAAUGCAGUGAGUUGCUUCGCAACAGCUUUUACUAACAAUUUUUGAGAGGAAUGGGAGAUUCGAUAUAGGCCAAUAGUUUUUUACAUUUUCCGGAUCAAGGUUUGGCUUUUUCAAGAGAGGCUUUAUUACUGCCACUUUUAGUGAGUUUGGUACACAUCCAGUGGAUAGGGAGCCAUUUAUUUCAACAUUGGAGGGCCAAGCACAGGAAGUAGCUCUUUCAGUAGUUUAGUUGGAAUAGGGUCCAGUAUGCAGCUUGAGGGUUUAGAGGCCAUGACUAUUUUCAUGAAUAUGUCAACAGAUACAGUAUGAAAAAACUUCAGUGUCUCCAUUGAUCCUAGGUCCUGGCAGUUCUGUGCAGACUCAGGACAAUUGAGCUUUGGAGAAAUAUGCAGAUUCAAAGAGGAGUCCGUAAUUAGCUUUCUAAUGAUCAUGAUCUUUUCAUCAAAUACGAUUAUUAAUUAAUCAGUGCUGAAGUGAAAGCCAUCGUCGCUUUUUAGUUGGCUUUGCGAUAGUAUAAAAAAUAAAUGUUGGAUUGUUCUUAUUCUCCUCCAUUAGGUUGGAAAAAAUAGGAUGAUCGAGCAGCAGUGAGUGCUCUUCGAUAUUGCACGGUACUGUCUUUCCAAGCUAGUCGGAAGACUUCCAGAUUGGCAGAGCGCCAUUUCUGUUCCAAAUUUAUGGAAGCUUGCUUCAGGGCUCGGGUAUUUUCUGUAUACCAGGGAGUACAUUUCUUGUGACAAAUGUUUUUUGUUUUUAGGGGUGCGACUGCAUCUAGGGUAUUACGCAAGGUUAAAUUUAGAUCCUCAGUUAGGUGGCUAACUGAUUUUUGAACUCCGACGUUCUUGGGUAGGUGGAGGGAGUCUGGAAGGGCAUCUAGGAAUAUUUGGGUUGUCCGAGAAUUUAUUGUGAUUGCAAUCAUAAUAAGAUGGUGGUCUGAUAGUCCAGGAUUAUGAGGAAAAUCAUUUUGAUCCACAAUAUUUAUUCCACGGGACAAAACUAGAUCCAGGGUAUGACUGUGGCAAUGAGUAGGUCCGGAGACAUGUUGGACAAAACCCACUAAGUCGAUGAUGGCUCAGAAAGCCUUUUGGAGUGGGUCUGUGGAAUUUUCCAUGUGAAUAUUAAAGCUUGAGCCAUAUUUCAGUCAGGGCAUUCACAUCAAGAUUAUGAUCAGUGAUUCAUUCAUUGACUAUGACUUCCUUGGAAGUGAGGGAUCUAACAUUAAGUAGCGUUAUUUGAAGAUGUGAGAUAUCACAAUCUCUUUCAAUAAUGACAGGAAUAGAGGAGGUCUUUAUUCCAGUGAGAUUGCUAAGGCGAACACCGCCAUGUUUAGUUUUGCUCAACCUAGAUCGAGGCACAAACACGCUCUAUGAGACUCGAAAUUGAGCUCAGAUGCAUCCUGUUUCCAUUGAUAAUCCUUGAGAUGUUUCUACAACUUGAUUGGAGUCCAACUGUGGUAAAUUAAAUUGAUUGGACAUGAUUUGGAAAAGCACACACCUGUCUAUACAGUAUUCAGACCACUUGACUUAUUCAACAUUUUGUUACGUUACAGCUUUAUUUUAAAAUGGAUUUUGAAAAAAUAUGUACUCAUUAAUCUACACACAAUACCCCAUAUUGACAAAGCGAAAACCGGUUUGUCAAUCUUUAAGAUGUUUCUAAAACUUGAUUGGAGUCCACAUGUGGUAAAUUCAAUUGAUUGGACAUCAUUUGGAAAGGAACACACUUUCUAUAUAAGGUCCCACAGUCGACAGUGUAUGUCAGAGCAAAAACCAAGCCAUGAGGUCGGUGGAAUUGUCCGUAGAGCUCCGAGACAGGAUUGUGUCGAGGCACAUAUCUGGGGAAGGGUACCAAAAACCUUCUGCAGCAUUGAAGGUCCCCAAGAACACAGUGGCCUCCAUUUUUCUUAAAUGGAAGAAGUUUGGAACCUCCAAGACUCUUCCUAGAGCUGGCCCUGAGCAGUCGGAGGAGAAGGGCCUUGGUCAGGGAGGUGACCAAGAACCCGAUGAUCACUCUGACAGAGCUCUAAAGUUCCUCUGUGGAGAUAGGAGAAUCUUCCAGAAGGACAACCAUCUCUGCAGCACUCCACCAAUCAGGCCUUUAUGGUAGAGUGACCAGAUGGAAGCCACUCCUCAAUAAAAGGCAAAUGACAGCCCGCUUGGAGUUUGCCGAAAUGCACCUAAAGACUCUCAGACCAUGAGAAACAAGAUUAUCUGGUCUGAUGAAACCAAGAUUGAACUCUUUGGUCUGAAUGCCAAGCGUCACGUCUGGAGGAAACCAGGCACCGCUCAUCGCAUGGCCAAUACCAUCCCUACAGUGAAGCAUGGUGGUGGCAGCAUCAUGCUCUGGGGAUGUUUUUCAACGGCAGGGACGGGAAGACUAGUCAGGAUCGAGGGAAAGAUGAACGGAGCAAAGUACAGAGAACUUCUUGAUGAAAACCUGCUCCAGAGCGCUCAGGACCUCAGACUGGGGCGAAGGUUCACCUUCCAACAGGACAACGACCCUAACCACACAGCCAAGACAACGCAGGAGUGGCUUCGGGACAAGUCUCUGAAUGUCCUUGAGUGGCCCAGCCGGAGCCUGGACUUGAACCCUAUUGAACAUCUCUGGAUAGACCUGAAAAUUGCUGUGCAGCGACGUUCCCCAUCCAACCUGGCAGAACUCGAGAGGAUCUGCAGAGAAGAAUUGGAGAAACUCCUCAAAUACAGGUGAGCCAACCGUGUACCAUCAUACCCAAGAAGACUUGAGGCUGUAAUAACUGCCAAAGGUGCUUCAAAAAAGUACUGAGUAAAGGGUCUGUACACUUAUGUACAGUGGCUUGCGAAAGUAUUCACCCCCCUUGGCAUUUUUCCUAUUUUGUUGCCUUACAACCUGGAAUUAAAAUGGAUUUGUUGGGGGUUUGUAUCAUUUGAUUUACACAACAUGCCUACCACUUUGAAGAUACAAAAUAUUUUUUAUUGUGAAACAAACAAGAAAUAAGACAAAGAAACUGAAAACCUGAGCGUGCAUAACUAUUCACCCCCACAAAGUUAAUACUUUGUAGAGCCUCCUUUUGCAGCAAUUACAGCUGCAAGUCUCUUGGUGUAUGUUUCUAUAAGCUUGGCACAUCUAGCCACUGGGAAUUUUGCCCAUUCUUCAAGGCAAAACUGCUCCAGCUCCUUCAGGUUGGAUGGGUUCAGCUGGUGUACCGCAAUCUUUAAGUCAUACCACAGAUUCUCAAUUGGAUUGAGGUCUGGGCUUUGACUAGGCCAUUCCAAGACAUUUAAAUGUUUCCCCUUAAACCACUCGAGUGUUGCUUUAGCAGUAUGCUUAGGGUCAUUGUCCUGCUGGAAGGGGAACCUCCAUCCCAGUCUCAAAUCUCUGAAAGUGUCACGAACGUCGUAUGAAGGAGUGGACCAAAGCGCAGCGUUAGUUGCGAACAUACUUGCUUUAUUUAAUUAAAGCAUACACACGAAAUAACAAAACAAUAAACGACUCGUGAAGUCCUCAGUGACAAUGACCGAACACGGAACAAAAACCCACAACCACAAAGGGAAAACAUACAGUUUAAAUAUGGCUCCCAAUCAGAGACAACCAGCCAACAGCUGACACUCGUUGCCUCUGAUUGGGAGUCACUUAGGCAAACAUAGAAUACAACAAACUAGAAUGAACACCAACAUAGAAAUACACACAUAGAAAUGAACACACCCUGGCUCAACAUAAUGAGUCCCAGAGCCAGGGUGUGACAGUACCCCCCCCCUAAAGGCGCGGACUGCGACCACGCCUCAACUAAACAAACCAGGGGAGGGCUGGGCGGGCAUACCUCCUCGGCGGCGGUUCUGGCUCCGGCCUUGACCACCACCCUCCAAUACACCCCCCAUAGUGCCCCUGGUCCAGUCUGGCCCCGCCGGCUGGAGCAGGACUAGACUUAACAGGAGCGAUCCUUACCAGGCUGUCGACUCGCACCCCUGGCUUGGUGCGUGGAGGAGGAACGGGCCUUACCAGGCUGACGACGCGCCCCCUGGCUUGGUGCGUGGAGAAGGAACGGGCCUUACCAGGCUGACUUCUCGCACCCCUGGCUUAGUGCGAGUGGCAGGAACAGGCCGGACUGGGCUGGCGACGCGCACCGUAGGUUUGGUGCGAGUGGCAGGAACAGGCCGGGUCGGGCUGGCGACGCGCACCGUAGACUUGGUGCGGGUGGCAGGAACAGGCCGGGUCGGGCUGGCGACGCGCACCGUAGACUUGGUGCGGGUGGCAGGAACAGGCCGGACCGGGCUGGCGACGCGCACCGUAGACUUGGUGCGGGUGGCAGGAACAGGCCGGACCAGGCUGGCGACGCGCACCGUAGACUUGGUGCGGGUGGCAGGAACAGGCCGGGUCGGGCUGGCGACGCGCACCGUAGACUUGGUGCGGGUGGCAGGAACAGGCCGGGUCGGGCUGGCGACGCGCACCGUAGACUUGGUGCGGGUGGCAGGAACAGGCCGGACCGGGCUGGCGACGCGCACCGUAGACUUGGUGCGGGUGGCAGGAACAGGCCGGACCGGGCUGGCGACGCGCACCGUAGGCUUGGUGCGUGGAGCAGGGACAGGCCGGACUGGGCUGGCGACGCACACCGUAGGCUUGGUGCGUGGAGCAGGGACAGGCCAGGCUGGGCUGGCGACGCACACCGUAGGCUUGGUGCGUGGAGCAGGGACAGGCCUGGCUGGGCUGGCGACGCACACCGUAGGCUUGGUGCGUGGAGCAGGGACAGGCCGGACUGGGCUGGCGACGCACACCGUAGGCUUGGUGCGUGGAGCAGGGACAGGCCGAACCGGGCUGUGGAGACGGAUAGGAGGCCUGGAGUGAAGAGCGGCCACCACCCGUCCUGGCUGAAUGCCUACCCUCACACACUCUGUGUGAGGCAUCCGCACAGGACGUACAGGGCGGUGUACCCCUGGCCUGGUGGCCUUCUGGAUCCGCCCCCUUUUCUCCUCCGUCAGCCCCGUCGUCCAUGCCGUGUGCCCCCACCUAAAAAAUUUCUGGGGUUGCCUCACGACCGUCCGACGACGACCCUGAUCACGCCGUUGCUCCUCUCUCCGUCGCCUCUCCACUGUCUCACUCCAUGGCCGGCGAUCCAUCCCGGCCAGGAUCUCCCCCCAAGUCCAGGACCCUUUACCGUCCAAUAUCUCCUCCCAUGUCCAGGCUGCCUGCUCCUGGACACGCUGCUCCUCUUUCGCCAGGGCCUUUCCUGGCGCUUCCUCCCAUGUCCAGCCCAAGGGCUGCCCCUGGACACGCUGCUUGGUCGUUGCCUGGUGGGUUUUUCUGUCACGAACGUCGUAUGAAGGAGUGGACCAAAGCGCAGCGUUAGUUGCGAACAUACUUGCUUUAUUUAAUUAAAGCAUACACACGAAAUAACAAAACAAUAAACGACUCGUGAAGUCCUCAGUGACAAUGACCGAACACGGAACAAAAACCCACAACCACAAAGGGAAAACAUACAGUUUAAAUAUGGCUCCCAAUCAGAGACAACCAGCCAACAGCUGACACUCGUUGCCUCUGAUUGGGAGUCACUCAGGCAAACAUAGAAUACAACAAACUAGAAUGAACACCAACAUAGAAAUACACACAUAGAAAUGAACACACCCUGGCUCAACAUAAUCCCAGUCCCAGAGCCAGGGUGUGACAGAAAGACUGAAACAGGUUUCCCUCAAGAAUUUCCCUGUAUUUAGCGCCAUUCAUCAUUCCUUCAAUUCUGACCAGUUUCCCAGUCCCUGCCAAUGAAAACAGUAUGAUGCUGCCACCACCAUGCUUCACUGUGGGGAUGGUGUUCUCGGGGUGAUGAGAGGUGUUGGGUUUGCGCCAGAUAUAGCGUUUUCCUUGAUGGCCAAAAAGCUCAUUUUUAGUCUCAUCUGACCAGAAUACCUUCUUCCAUAUGUUUGGGGAGUCUCCCACAUGCCUUUUGGUGAACACCAAACGUGUUUGCUUCUUUUUUUCUUUAAGCAAUGGCUAUUUUCAGGCCAUUCUUCCGUAAAGCCCUGCCCUGUGGAGUGUACGGCUUAAAGUGGUCCUAUGGACAGAUACUCCAAUCUGUGCUGUGGAGCUUUGCAGCUCCUUCAGGGUUAUCUUUGGUCUCUUUGUUGCCUUUCUGAUUAAUGCCCUCCUUGCCUGGUCUGUGAGUUUUGAUGGGCGGCACUCUCUUGGCAGGUUUGUUGUGGUGCCAUAUUCUUUCAAUUUUUUAUAUGGAUUUAAUGGUGCUCUGUGGGAUGUUCAAAGUUUCAGAUAUUUUUUCAUAACCCAACCCUGAUCUGUACUUCUCCACAACUAUGUCCCUGACCUGUUUGGAGAGCUCCUUGGUCUUCAUGGUGCCGCUUGCUUGGUGGUGCCCCUUGCUUAGUGGUGUUGCAGACUCUGGGGCCUUUCAGAACAGGUGUAUAUAUACUGAGAUCAUGUGACAGAUCAUGUGACACUUAGAUUGCACACAGGUGGACUUUAUGUAAUUAAUUAUGUGACUUCUGAAGGUAAUUGGUUGCACCAGAUCUUAUUUAGGGACUUCAUAACAAAGGGGGGUGAAUACGUAUGUACGCACCCCUUUUCCGUGAUUCAUUUCUUCGAAUUUUUUGAAACAAGUUAUUUUUUUCAUUUCACUUCACCAAUUUGGACUAUUUUGUGUAUGUCCAUUAAAUGAAAUCCAAAUAAAAAUCCAUUUAAAUUACAGAUUGUAAUGCAACAAAAUAGGAAAAACGCCAACGGGGUUCAACACUUUUGCAAGGCACUGUAAAUGUCAUAUUUCAGUUUUUUUCUUAUUUUAUGAAUUUGGUAACAUUUCCAAAAAACUGUUUUUGCCUUGUCAUUAUGGGGUAUUGUGUGUAGAUUGAUGAGGAAAAUUAACUAUUUAAUCAAUUUCAGAAUAAGGCUGUAACGUAACAAAAUGUGGAAAAAAGUGAAGGUGUCUGAAUACUUUCCGAAUGCACUAUAUACUAAAUCUCACUGACUUGUUUAUUGUUCAUGCAUCUGAUUUCAGCACAAGCAGUGAAACUAAUCUCCAUGGAGACUCGUUCUAACAUCACUGAGAGCCAUGUUGAAGUUCUGAAGAGAAACAGUCAAGGUAAUGGGAGGAAAAUUAAGUAUGAGUUUUGACAGUAUUUCUUUUUUUUUUAUGGUCUGAAUGACUGACUUUAUUGUUGAUAACAUGUCUAAUCUACACCAACUAGUGUCCAGUUAGAUAAAGUAGUGUUGACGCAUCUCUAUCCCACAGACAGGAAGGUGGCUUUCUCAGCCUCACUAGCAGCACCUGGUCAACACGGAAACACUGGACCCUUCAACACUGGAAUCACCCUGGUCUACAGAAAUAUCUACUCAAACAUUGGCAAUGCUUAUAACCCCACUACAGGUACACCAUAUUCAUAUCAUCAGUAUUUAUAAGUCUGUCUGAAAACAUAGUUAUUAAUAAUCAUCUGUCCUCAUAUCAUGUCUGAUGGCUGUUUCUAUGUGAAUGUUGUGUUCUGAUACAGGGAUCUUCACGGCACCAGUGAGAGGACUCUACCUGUUCAGGUUUUACAUCUAUGGAGGGGGUGAUAGUUCAGUUCCUACAACUGCAGCCUUGCAUAAGAAUGGACAUCAAAUAGCUAGUGCACAUGCUGUCCAAGCUAGUGGUGGCAUUAGUUCCUCUAAUGGAGUGUCAGUGCUGCUGGAGGUAGGAGAUGUGGUCAACAUGCAUCUCUGGGCUGGGAGAAAGAUAUAUGAUGAUGGAUAUCGCCACAGCACCUUCAGUGGUCAUCUGCUCUUCACUAUGUAAGAGGGUUGGUAAAAAACUAUCUGAUGGGGUGUGUUGUCUUUGUCAUGUUAAUAUUAGGUAACACUUUACUUGACACCCAGAGUCAUGACACGGUCAUAACCAUGUCAAUGUGUCAUAACAUCUGACAACUUGUCAUAACCUGUUAUAAUAUGGUUGUAACACUGUCAUGACACAUAUAUAUUGAGACCUGUUGUAACAUAUAUUACGUUAUUUUAUGGCUGGUUAUGACACCUGCUUAAGAGUGUAAAAACCCACAGAACCUACCACCCAAGGCAAAACAUUCCAUUACACCAUAGCCUACGUGUCAUCAGUAUGUUUAUGUUAUAUAUUUUUUAAUUUACCAUAUUAAAUUAUCAUUGUAAUCGCGCACACAUUGAUUUCAGACAUGCACCUACACCAAUGCUCUGUUGCUGAUGACUGGGAUGAAUGCAGGAGCAGAUUUCAGGAGCAGGACAAGACACCCUGUUUGUGACUGAUGACUGAUAUAAGGGCCUGUACUGUACGUGAUAGGCUUAUCUGGCUUACAGUAUAUGAUUAUGAUGGUCUUAAUGCUUCAUGACAGUGUCAUAAAGUGUAAUUUAUACAAGUUAUUUAAAAUAUCAUGAAAAAAAAACAUGACUGUAAAGAAUUCAUUACAACAACAACAACAACAACAACAAAGUAUUGAAGAAAACAAACUUUAAAACGAAAGGAAACUUUUUGGCAGGGAAACAAAUUAUUUGAAUAGCACAAUAUAUGUCACAACAGGUGUAAAUAAAUGGGCCAUGACAGUGUUAUGACCAUAUUAUGACAGGUUAUGACAAGUUGUGUCAGCUGUUAUGACAUAUUAUGAGAUGGUUAUGACCGUGUCAUAACAUGUUCUGACACUGCGUGUGAAGUAAAGUGUUACCCAAUAUUAUAUUGUAGCUACAAAUUGUGUUGAAUAAAUGCUGCUUUUCUAUCAUUUCUGUCAUGAAAUUGAUCCUACUGCACCUGGAAGACUAGUGAGCACUGUGUUGUGUAAUAAGUACCUGGAAGACUAGUGAGCACUGUGUUGUGUAAUAAGUACCUGGAAGACUAGUGAGCACUGUGUUGUGUAAUAUGUACCUGGAAGACUAGUGAACACUGUGUUGUUUAAUAUGUACCUGGAAGACUAGUGAACACUGUGUUGUGUAAUAAUGUACCUGGAAGACUAGUGAACACUGUGUUGUUUAAUAAAGCAUCAAAAGACAGGAAAGAUAAUUAAUAAUGUCAUACACAUUGUAUUUCUCUCUCUCUCACACACACACACACACACAAACAUUUCUGCACACGUGAGCACUGAUACCUACAACAAAAACAUGUAAACAUUGCCAACAUCCGUGAACACAAGACAAAGGUUUUUCAGUUGUGGCUUGAUGAUACUGGAUAUCAUGAUAUGAAUUUUGCUGAGAGAGCACAUUACUGUUUUACUUUGUUGAUGAAAAUAUUUUAUUGUAAAUCAUUAAUUCACUUACAAACCUAAUGAUUAGAAUACUAUAUUAUGAGGUAAUAACCAAUGAGACCAGAGGGCAAAGGUAAUUAUAUUAUAAACCUGGUAUUGACAUCUUCAUUCUGUUUGCUGUCACGUGGUUAUUACAGGACCACAGAAAUCAGAUAAAAGUAAUCAUGAGGUGAAUCAGUUUGAUUUACCACCUUGUUGUUAGGCUUCAUAUCUACACGUGUCUCCGUUAUCACCAGGUCAUAGUUUAAGAGGACUAGAUAUAAAGGGGACAACUGAGACUCCAAAAUAACCGCAGAAAUAACCACAAGAAGAGGAAAUCAUCAUCCAGGAAUGACAAUGAAGAGUGUUGUAUCUCUGCUGGUGUUGCUGCACUGCUGUCUGUCUGGGGCCCAGGUCCACAGAGAUAGAGAUGGAGUCAGUGGGAAUGAGAUCCAGCAGGUUGACUAUGAGGACAGAGAGAGCAGAGGGAAUGACAUUCAGGCUGACAAACAGAGAGCUGAAGCUGCAGCCUCAACACACAGCCAGCAAACCUGCCAGCCUGACAUCCACACUGUGCUGAGAGAGAUGAGCAACAUGAUGGCGGAGCAGAGAGUUGAGCUGAGUCACACAAAGACUGAACUGGGAGCCAUGGAGGCCCGACUGAGAGACAGUGAGAGCCGACUGACAGCCAGUGAGAGCCGACUGACAGCCAGUGAGAGCCAGGUGGAGGAACUGACCAAUAGGAAUGAAGGUAAAUCAGAAUAAUCUCUUUCAUAGCUGUCUUUCAAAAGUCUAGGUACAGACCCAAAAUGUAUUUUAUACUAUUUAAGAUUACAUCAUGAGUAAUUUAAAGUGCAUUCGGAAAGUAUUCAGACCCCUUCAUUUUUCCCAUAUAUUGUUACGUUACAGCCUUAUUCUAGAAUGGAUUAAAUAAAAACAUUUCCUAAUCAAUCUACAGUACACACAAUACCCAAUAAUGACAAAGCGAAAAUGGGUUUUUAUACAUUUCUGCAAAUUUAAAUACAAAAAAGAAAACAGAAAUAGCUUAUUUGCAUAAGUAUUCAGACCCUUUGCUAUCAAUCAAAUUUAUUUAUAAAGCCCUUUUUACAACAGCAGAUGUCACAAAGUGCUAUACAGAAACCCAGCCUAAAACCGCAAACAGCAAGCAAUGCAGAUGUAGAAGGUGGCCAGGAAAAACUCCCUAGAAAGGCAGGAACCUAGGAAGAAACCUAGAGAGGAACCAGGCUCUGAGGGGUGGCCAGUCCUCUUCUGGCUGUGCCGGGUGGAGAUUAUAAGAGUACAUGGCCAUUAAGGCCAGAUUGUUCUUCAAGAUGUUCAAACGUUCAUCGAUGACCAGCAGGGUCAAAUAAUAAUCACAGUGGUUGUAGAGGGUGCAACAGGUCAGUACCUCAGGAGUAAAUGUCAGUUGGCCUUUCAUAGCCGAGCAUUCAGAGGUCGAGACAGCAGGUGCGGCAGAGAGAAAGAGUCGAAAAACAGCAGGUCCGGGACAAGGUACCAUGUACGGUGAACAGGUCAGGGUUCCAGAGCCGCAGGCAGAACAGUUGAAACUGGAGCAGCAGCACGACCGGGUGGACUGGGGACAGCCAGGAGUCAUCAGGCCAGGUAGUCCUGAGGCAUGAUCCUAGGGCUCAGGUCCUCCGGGAGGGGAUGGAGAGAGAGAGAAUUAGAGAGAGCAUACUUAAAUUCACACAGCACACCAGAUAAAACAGGAGAAUUACACCAGAUAUAACAGACUGACCCUUGCCCCCCGGCACAUAGACUACUGCAGCAUAGACACUGGAGUAUGAAAAAUGUAUGCACUCACUAACUGUAAGUCGCUCUGGAUAAGAGCGUCUGCUAAAUGACUAAACUGUGGCCCCGUCCGACAAUACCCCCGGACAGGGCCAACCAGGCAGGAUAUAACCCCACCCACUUUGCCAAAGCACAAACCCCACACCACUAGAGCGAUACCAACAGGCAACCAACUUACUACCAUGAGACAAGGCUGAGUAUAGCCCAUUAAGAUUUCCUCCAGCGUACGAAUUUAUUGCACAGAUUUGAUGAUCCUUGGUUGAGGUCUGAUUAGAUUAUUUGUUGUGAUUGCAAUCAUAAUAAGAUGGUGGUCUGAGAGUCCAGGAUUAUGAGGAAAAACAUUUUGAUCCACAAUAUUUAUUCCACGGGACAAAACGAGAUCCAGGGUAUGACUGUGGCAAUGAGUAGGUCCGGAGACAUGUUGGACAAAACCCACUAAGUCGAUGAUGGCUCAGAAAGCCUUUUGAAGUGGGUCUGUGGACUUUUCCAUGUGAAUAUUAAAGCUUGAGCCAUGUUUCAGUCAGGGCAAUCACAUCAAGAUUAUGAUCAGUGAUUCGUUCAUUGACUAUGACUUCCUUGGAAGUGAGGGAUCUAACAUUAAGUAGCCCUAUUUGAAGAUAUGAGAUAUCACAAUCUCUUUCAAUAAUGACAGGAAUAGAGGAGGUCUUUAUUCCAGUGAGAUUGCUAAGGCGAACACCGCCAUGUUUAGUUUUGCUCAACCUAGAUCGAGGCACAGACACGGUCUAUGAGACUCAAAAUUGAGCUCAGAUGCAUCCUGUUUCCAUUGAUAAUCCUUGAGAUGUUUCUACAACUUGAUUGGAGUCCAUCUGUGGUAAAUUAAAUUGAUUGGACAUGAUUUGGAAAAGCACACACCUGUCUAUACAGUAUUCAGACCACUUGAUUUAUUCAACAUUUUGUUACGUUACAGCUUUAUUUUUAAAUGGAUAAAAAAUAAAAUAAUGUACUCUUUAAUCUACACACAAUACUCCAUACUGACAAAGCGAAAACCGGUUUGUCAAUCUUUAAGAUGUUUCUAAAACUUGAUUGGAGUCCACAUGUGGUAAAUUCAAUUGAUUAUGUACAGUGGCUUGCGAAAGUAUUCACCCCCCUUGGCAUUUUUCCUAUUUUGUUGCCUUACAACCUGGAAUGAAAAUGGAUUUGUUGGGGGUUUGUGUCAUUUGAUUUACACAACAUGCCUACCACUUUGAAGAUACAAAAUAUUUGUUAUUGUGAAACAAACAAGAAAUAAGACAAAAAAACAGAAAACUUGAGCGUGCAUAACUAUUCACCCCCCCAAAGUUAAUACUUUGUAGAGCCUCCUUUUGCAGCAAUUACAGCUGCAAGUCUCUUGGUGUAUAUCUCUAUAAGCUUGGCACAUCUAGCCACUAGGAAUUUUGCCCAUUCUUCAAGGCAAAACUGCUCCAGCUCCUUCAAGUUGGAUGGGUUCCUCUGGUGUACCGCAAUCUUUAAGUCAUACCACAGAUUCUCAAUUGGAUUGAGGUCUGGGCUUUGACUAUGCCAUUCCAAGACAUUUAAAUGUUUCCCCUUAAACCACUCGAGUGUUGCUUUAGCAGUAUGCUUAGGGUCAUUGUCCUGCUGGAAGGUGAACCUCCGUCCCAGUCUCAAAUCUCUGAAAGACUGAAACAGGUUUCCCUCAAGAAUUUCCCUGUAUUUAGCGCCAUUCAUCAUUCCUUCAAUUCUGAAAAACAUCCCCACAGCAUGAUGCUGCCACCACCAUGCUUCACUGUGGGGAUGGUGUUCUCGAGGUGAUGAGAGGUGUUGGGUUUGCGCCAGAUAUAGCGUUUUCCUUGAUGGCCAAAAAGCUCAUUUUUUGUCUCAUCUGACCAGAGUACCUUCUUCCAUAUGUUUGGGGAGUCUCCCACAUGCCUUUUGGCGAAUACCAAACGUUUUUGCUUAUUUUUUUCUUUAAGCAUUGGCUAUUUUCAGGCCAUUCUUCCGUAAAGCCCAGCUCUGUGGAGUGUACGGCUUAAAGUGGUCCUAUGGACAGAUACUCCAAUCUGUGCUGUGGAGCUUUUCAGCUCCUUCAGGGUUAUCUUUGGUCUCUGUUGCCUUUCUGAUUAAUAACCUCCUUGUCUGGUCCGUGAGUUUUGGUGGGCGGCCCUCUCUUGGCAGGUUUGUUGUGGUGCCAUAUUCUUUCAAUUUUUUUUAUAUGGAUUUAAUGGUGCUCUGUGGGAUGUUCAAAGUUUCAGAUAUUUUUUUAUAACCCAACCCUGAUCUGUACUUCUCCACAACUUUGUCCCUGACCUGUUUGGAGAGCUCUUUGGUCUUCAUGGUGCCGCUUGCUUGGUGGUGCCCCUUGCUUAGUGGUGUUGCAGACUCUGGGGCCUUUCAGAACAGGUGUAUAUAUACUGAGAUCAUGUGACAGAUCAUGUGACACUUAGAUUGCACACAGGUGGACUUUAUGUAACUAAUUAUGUGACUUCUGAAGGUAAUUGGUUGCACCAGAUCUUAUUUAGGGGCUUCAUAGCAGGGUGAAUAGGUAUGCACGCACCCCUUUUCUGUGAUUUAUUUUUUAGAAUUUUUUGACUAUUUUGUGUAUGUCCAUUACAUGAAAUCCAAAAGAAAAUCCAUUUAAAUUACAGGUUGUAAUGCAGCAAAAUUGGAAAAACGCCAACGGGGUUCAAUACUUUCGCAAGGCACUGUAAAUGUAAUAUUUCAGUUUUUUCUUAUUUUAUGAAUUUGGUAACAUUUCCAAAAAACUGUUUUUGCCUUGUGAUUAUGGGGUAUUGUGUGUAGAUUGAUGAGGAAAAAUAACUAUUUAAUCAAUUUCAGAAUAAGGCUGUAACGUAACAAAAUGUGGAAAAAGUGAAUGUGUCUGAAUACUUUCCGAAUGCACUAUAUACUAAAUCUCACUGCUUGUUUAUUGUUCAUGCAUCUGAUUUCAGCACAAGCAGUGAAACUAAUCUCCAUGGAGACUCGUUCUAACAUCACUGAGAGCCAUGUUGAAGUUCUGAAGAGAAACAGUCAAGGUAAUGGAAGGAACAUUAAGUAUGAGUUUUGACAGUAUUUCUUAAUUUUUUAUGGUCUGAAUGACUGACUUUAUUGUUGAUAACAUGUCUAAUCUACACCAACUAGUGUCCAGUUAGAUAAAGUAGUGUUGACGCAUCUCUAUCCCACAGACAGGAAGGUGGCUUUCUCAGCCUCACUAGCAGCACCUGGUCAACACGGAAACACUGGACCCUUCAACACUGGAAUCACCCUGGUCUACAGAAAUAUCUACUCAAACAUUGGCAAUGCUUAUAACCCCACUACAGGUACACCCUAUUCAUAUCAUCAGUAUUUAUAAGUCUGUCUGAAAACAUAGUUAUUAAUAAUCAUCUGUCCUCAUAUCAUGUCUGAUGGCUGUUUCUAUGUGAAUGUUGUGUUCUGAUACAGGGAUCUUCACGGCACCAGUGAGAGGACUCUACCUGUUCAGGUUUUACAUCUAUGGAGGGGGUGAUAGUUCAGUUCCUACAGCUGCGGCCUUGCAUAAGAAUGGACAUCAAAUAGCUAUUGCAUAUGCUGUCCAUGCUAGUGGUGGCAUUAGUUCCUCUAAUGGAGUGUCAGUGGUGCUGGAGGUAGGAGAUGUGGUCAACAUGCAUCUCUGGGCUGGGACGAAGAUAUAUGAUAGUACAAAUCGCCACAGCACCUUCAGUGGUCAUCUGCUCUUCACUAUGUAAGAGGGUUGGUAAAAAACUAUCUGAUGGGGUGUGUUGUCUUUGUCAUGUUAAUAUUAGGUAACACUUUACUUGACACCCAGAGUCAUGACACGGCCAUAACCAUGUCAAUGAGUCAUAACAUCUGACAACUUGUCAUAACCUGUUAUAAUAUGGUUGUAACACUGUCAUGACAUAUAUAUAUUGAGACCUGUUGUAACAUAUAUUAUGUUAUUUUAUGGCUGGUUAUGACGCCUACAUAAGAGUGUAAAAACCCACAGAACCUACCACACAAGGCAAUACAUUCCAUUACACCAUAGCCUACGUGUCAACAGUCAACAGUGGUCCUCUGUAGCUCAAUUGGUAGAGCAUGGCGCUUGUAACCCCAGGGUAGUGUGUUCGAUCCCCGGGAUCACCCAUAUGUAGAAAUUUAUGCGCACAUGACUGUAAGUCGCUUUGGAUAAAAGCGUCUGCUAAAUGGCAUAUUAUUAUAUUAUAAAAGUAUAUUUAUGUUAUAUAUUUUUUAAAUUGACCAUAUUCAAUUAUGAUUAUAAUUGCGCACACAUUGAUUUCAGACAUGCACCUACCCCAAUGCUCUGUUACUAAUGACUGGGAUGAAUACAGGAGCAGAUUUCAGGAGCAGGACAAGACACCCUGUUUUUGACUGAUGACUGAUAUAAGGGCCUGUACUGUACGUGAAAGGCUUAUCUGGCUUACAGUAUAUGAUUAUGAUGGUCAUAAUGCUUCUUGACAGUUUCAUAAAGUGUAUUUUCUUAGUCCAAGUAAAGUGACACAGGAUGGUCAUAAUGCUUCAUGACAGUGUCAUAAAGUGUAAUUUCUACAAGUUAUUUAAAAUAUCAUGAAAAAAAACAUGACUGUAAAGAAUUCAUUACAACAACAACAAAGUAUUGAAGAAAACAAACUUUAAAACGAAAGGAAACUUCUUGGCAGGGAAACAAAUGAUUUGAAUAGCACAAUAUAUGUCACAGUGUUAUGACCAUAUUAUGACAGGUUAUGACAAGUUGUGUCAGCUGUUAUGACAUAUUAUGAGAUGGUUAUGACCGUGUCAUAACAUGUUCUGACACUGGGUGUGAAGUAAAGUGUUACCCAAUAUUAUACUGUAGCUACAAAUUGUGUUGAAUAAAUGCUGAUUUUCUAUAAUUUCUGUCAUGAAAUUGAUUCUACUGCACCUGGAAGACUAGUGAGCACUGUGUUGUGUAAUAAUGUAUCUGAAAGACUAGUGAGCACUGUGUUGUGUAAUGUAUCUGGAAGACUAGUGAGCACUGUGUUGUUUAAUAAUGUACCUGGAAGACUAGUGAACACUUUGUUUUUUUAAUAAUGUACCUGGAAGACUAGUGAGCACUGUGUUGUGUAAUAAUGUACCUGGAAGACUAGUGAACACUGUGUUGUGUAAUAAUGUACCUGGAAGACUAGUGAACACUGUGUUGUGUAAUAAUGUACCUGGAAGACUAGUGAACACUGUGUUGUGUAAUAAUGUACAUGGAAGACUAGUGAACACUGUGUUGUGUAAUAAUGUACUGGAAGACUGUGAGCACUGUGUUUUGUAAUAAUGUACCUGGAAGACUAGUGAGCACUGUGUUGUUUAAAUAAAGUACCUGGGGAAUGAACUAGUGAGCACUGGUGUUGUGUAAUAAUUGGAAGAUAGUGAGCACUGUGUGUGUAAUAACGUAUCUGGAAUGACUGUGAGCGACUGUGUGUGUAUAAGUAACUGGAAGACUAGGUUAAGCACGGUGUUUGUUAAUAAAGUCCUGGAAGACUGACUACGGUGUUGUGUAAUAUGUACUCUGGAAGAUAAUGAGCACGUGUUGUGUAAUAAAGUACCUUGAAGACUAGUGAGCCGGUGUUGUGUAAGAACUACUGGAAGAACUAUGAGCACUGUGUUUGUAAUAAUUUAUCUGGCCAGACUGUGGAACACUGUGUUGUGUAUAAUGUACUGAAGACUAUAGCACUGUGUUGUGUAUACAGUACCUGGCGCCGAGAGGCACUGUGUUGUUUAAUACAGUACCUGAAGACAGUGACACUGUGUUGUUGUAAUAAAGUAUCUGAAACUAGUGAACCUGUGUUGUGUAUAAUGUACCUGGAAGACUAGUGCGCAACUGUGUUGUUUAAAUAGUACCGAGACUAGUGAGCACUGUGUGUUAAUAAGUAUCUGUAGACUAGUGAGCCUGUGUUUUGUUUAAUAAUGUACCGGGAAUACUAGUGAGCACUGUGUUUUAAUAGAGGACCUGAAGACUAUGAGCACGUGUUUGUAAUAAAGUAUCUGAGAACUAGUGAGCACUUGUUGUGUAUAAUGUACCUGGAGACUAGUGAACCUGUGUUUGUGUAAUAAUGUAUCUGUAAUACUAGUGAGCACUGUGUGUUAUAUGUACCUGAGACUAGUGGAACACUGUGUUGUGUAAGAAUGUACGGGAAUGACUAGUGAGGCACGUGUUUUAAUAAUGUAAACUUGGAAGACUAGUGAACACUGUGUUGGUUUAAUAAUGGACCUGAAGACUAUGAACCCUUGUGUGUCAGAAUGUAUCUGGCAGACUAUGGCACUGUUGUGUAAUAAUUUACCUGGACACUAGGUGAGCACUGUGUUGUUUAAUAAUACCUGGAAGACUAGUGAGCACUGUGUUGGGUAAGAAUGUACCGGAGACUAUGAGCACUGUGUUUGUGUAUAUGUACCUGGAGAACAGGGCACUGUGUUGUUUAAUAAAGGUCCUGGAAGACUAUGAGACCUGUGUUGUGUAAUAAUGUACCUGAAGACUCAGUGAGCACUGUGUUUUUAAUAAAGUACCUGGAAUAAUAUGACCUGUGUGUGGAGAAACUACUGGAAGACUAGUGAGCACUGUGUUGUGUAAUAAUGGUAUCUGGAAGACUAUGACCGGUGUUGGUGGUAUAAUGUUACUGGAAGACUAGUGAGCACUGUGGUUUUUUAAUACGUACCUGGAAGACUAGUGAGGCACUGUGUGGUGUAUACCAGUAUCUGGAGAACUAGGAACACUGUGUUGUGUAAAUUGUACCGGAAGACUAUGAGCCACGGUGUGGGGGGUGUAAUAAGUACCUGGAAGACUAGGAGCAACUGUUGUGUAUAAUAUCGGGAGACUAGUGAACCUGUGGUUGUGUAAGAAAAGUUUCGGAAGACAGUGAGCAUGUUGUUUGUUUAAUAAUGUCACUGAGCCUAGUGAGUCACUGUGUUUGUUUUAAUAAAGUAUCCUGGAGACUAGUGAGCACUGUGGUGGUGUACUAAAGUAUCUGAGCACGAGUGAACACUGGUGUGUGUAAUAAAGUAUCUGGAAGACUAUGAGCACUGUGUUGUGUAAUAAAGUUCUGAAGACUAGUGAGCACUGUGUGGUUUAAUAUGACUGGAAGACAUGAGGCACUGUGUUGUUUAAUAAAGUACCUAGGAAGACUAGUGAGCACUGUUAUGUGUAUAAUAUCUGGAGAACUGUGAACCGGGUUUGUGUAUAAGUCUCUGGAAGACUAGUGACACUGUUUGUGGAAUAAAGUAUAGGAAGACUUGAGCACGGUGUUUGUUAAUAAAGUAUCUGGGAGAACUAGUGACCACUGGUUUGUAAUAAAGUAUCUGGAAAACUAUUGAGCACUGUUUGUGUAAUAAAGUCUCUGAAAGACUAGUGAGCACUGUGUUGUUUAAUAAUUACCUGGAAGACUAGUGAGCACUGUUUGUUUAUAAAGUACCUGGAAGAACUAGUUGAGCACGGUGUUGUUAUACAGUAUCUGAAACUAGUGAACACUGUGUUUGUGUAAUAAGUAUCUGAGACUAUGGCAACUGUGUUGUGUAAUAAAGUAUCGGGAAGACUAGUGAGCAUUUGUUGUGUAAUAAAUUAUCUGGGCGAACAGUGAACGCUGUGUUGUGUAAUAAGUAUCUGGAAGACUAGGGGCACUGUGUUUAGUAAUAAGUAUCUGGGAAGACUAUGAGCACUGUUUGUGUUAAUAAAGUAUCUGAGAAACUAUGAACUUCUGUGUUGGUGUAGAUAACUAACUGAAACUAGUGUCACUGUUUGUUAAUCAAGCAUCAAAGACAAGAAAAAUUAAUGCAUGUCAUACACAUUGUCUUGCUCUCUCUCACAACCACACACCCAAACAUUUCUGGCACACGUGAGCAACUGAUACCUUCAACAAAAACAUGUAAACAUUGCCACCAUCCGUGAACACAAGACAAAGGUCUUUCAUUUGUGGCUUGAUGAUACUGGAUAUCAUGAUAUGAAUUUUGCUGAGUUAGCACAUUACUGUUUUACUUUGUUGAUGAAAAUAUUUUAUUUUACAUCAUUCAUUCACUUCCUAACCUAAUGAUUAGAAUACUAUAUAAUGAGGUAAUAACCAAUGAGACCAAAAGGUAAAGGUAAUUAUAUUAUAAACAUGUUAUUGACAUUUAGACAUUAUUUGUUCUGUUUGCUGUGUCACAUGGUUAUUAUAGGACCACAGAAAUCAGAUAAACGUAAUCAUGAGGUGAAUCAGUUUGAUUUACCACCUUGUUGUUAGGCUUCAUAUCUACACGUGUCUCAGUUAUCAGCAGGUCAUAG